UGCAUCACGCACACUGUAAAAGAAAAAAUUUUGUUUUAUUCUUUUCAGGGUUUUCUUCACACCUAGAUGUGAACUGGUUGGAGAGUCGUGAGAUUCCGACAAUAUAAACUCGGUCACCCUAAGCACCCCUUAUUUCUACAAUGAAAUAAUCAAUAUGAAUAAACAGCCUAAGGUCAACCAUCGUGGUCAAGUUGGGACUACUAUAUUAAUCACCACUUGGGUUAUUUGAUAUAAAGUUAUUAAUUAUGAAGAAAAAUCUGUUCUGCAGCCUUGAUUGAUAAAGAUUGAUAAAGAUACAUGUUUACAGUUGAACUUGCCUUACCAGCAACCUGUAUUAAGAAGUUGCUUGACUGAAGGAGCCAGUCAGCUUACUUUCUAAACUUGACUUCUGUUCUAAUAUCAAUUAAGCUGCCACCUGUCUUAAGCAGCCAGAUUGUGUUGUACCCUUUGUUGACUGCUUAACACAGGUUUGACUGUACUAUUAUCAUAUUUCAGGUGUGCAGUGUUCCCGAUUGUUCCACUCCAGUGUACCAUGCAGAGAAAUGUGUCAGAUAUUAUGUUGCUUCUGUCCUGUCUGUGUCUUCAGUAAGACCAACACCAUUUUCUCCGCUGGUAUCCCAGGCACCAAAGGGUAUUCUGGCCCAACACAAAAUAGCUAUUCCAGCCCAAUUCCUGGAUAUUUCAGCCCAACACCUGGUUCAACAGCAAGACGAUCCUGAAGCCCAUUGUCGGACCAAAAAUUGAAGCCUUCUCUGCAAACAUAGGUGCCCAUGAUAUGUGGAUCCACUGCCAUACUGUAAGAUGGUUCAGAAUCCUGCCACCAAGUGCUGCAUGAAACCCUCAUGCAAUGCUUGUUCACAAACACUUACACCACAGACAUACACACCAGAUUUGCAAUGCAUGCUACUAUCCAACAAAGCUGUGUACUGGGUCCUGACCCAAAAGAUCCCUCCGAGGGCCUCAUGCUGCUGGGUACCAAGUUGUUUGAUCCCUCUGAAACAAACCAUUGGUAUAGUGGUUGCUCCUGAACCUACUGGGACCAUAGCAGGUUGUAUAUACAAAGGAAUGCUUGUGUAUCAGGGACAGAUAAUUGAUGACGGUUAUGAUUAUUCAUCGGAAUGCCUUGAUAAUACAGAUGAGAUAAAAGAUCUUAGUAAACUUUGA